AUGACUAACUACAAUUUACUAAAUAAAUUGAAAAAUUUAAUACCCUUUGAUAUGAGCAUUUUAACCGCCAAUAUAUCUGAUAAAGACAAUGAUUCAUUAUUUUUCACAUUGAGUUUAAUUGAAGUACUCUCAAUUAUUUUAGUUACCAGUUAUCCGGUAGAACUAUUUGAACUUUUAUUUUCUACUGUUCAAAUAGUCUCAAAUUCUUAUAAAUUUUUUAAGGAUGUAAAGUCCAAAUAUUCAAUAAAUAUCUAUAAAAGACAUAAAAGGCAAAAAAGAGUUAGGUUUAACCAAUUAAUUCUUGCAGCAAAUAAAGCCUCGGCCAAAAAAUAUAAGUAUGAUACAUAUAUGAAAUCGCCAUUAUCUACCGUUCCAUCAUUCCAAUUUACCACCAACAUGAAUCGAAUCAAACAAGUUCCAUCCAAAUCCAAAAAAUUUAAAGCAAAUAAUGGUUUAUUGUUCAGUUCUAUAAUUUUUAAUCGCUAUUAA